AUGAAUGAGCCACUAGACAAUUUUGCAAAUGGGUCUGAUUUCCCCGAUUAUGCAGCUGCCUUUGGAAAUUGCACUGAUGAAAAAAUCCCCUUCCAGAGGCACUACCUCCCUGCUAUUUACAGCAUCAUCUUCCUGGUGGGCUUCCCAGGGAACGCAGUGGCGAUUUCCACUUACAUUUUCAAAAUGCGCCCCUGGAAGAGCAGCACAGUCAUUAUGCUGAACUUGGCCUGCACGGACCUGCUCUACCUCACCAGCCUCCCAUUCCUGAUUCACUACUACGCCAGCGGUGAAAACUGGAUCUUUGGCAAGUUCAUGUGCAAGUUCAUCCGCUUCGGUUUCCAUUUCAACCUGUACAGCAGCAUCCUCUUCCUCACCUGCUUCAGUGUCUUCCGUUACUUUGUGAUCAGUCACCCAAUGAGCUGCUUUUGCCUGCACAAGCCUCGAUGGGCCACGGUGGCCUGUGCUGCCGUAUGGGUCAUUUCUCUGGUGGCUGUCAUUCCCAUGACCUUCCUGAUCACAUUAACCACCAGGACCAAUAGCUCUGCCUGCCUUGACCUCACCAGCUCGGAUGACCUCACUACCAUCAAAUGGUACAACCUCAUUUUGACUGCAACUAUUUUCUUCCUUCCCCUGGUGAUCGUGACACUUUGCUAUACAAUGAUUCUCUCCAUCCUGACUCGAGGGCCUCAGGCUCAGAGCAGCCUGAAGCAGAAAGCCCGGCGGCUGACCAUUCUGCUGCUCAUUGUGUUUUAUGUCUGUUUUCUACCCUUCCAUGUCUUGAGGGUUGUCCGCAUUGAAUCGCGCCUGCUUUCUAUCAGCUGCUCCGUGGAGAAUCAGAUCCACAAAGCUUACAUCGUUUCAAGACCGCUGGCCGCCCUGAACACCUUUGGCAACCUGUUCCUGUACGUGGUGGUCAACGACAACUUCCAGCAGGCCAUCGGCUCAAUGGUGCGAUGCAAAGCAAACAGGGACCUGGAGCAAGCGAAGAAAAUCAGUUACUCCAACAGCCCUUGA